AUCUUGCUUCAAUAAGGCGCGCGCACUGGUAGUGGACGUAACCAACUUUUACGAGUGACCAAGUAUCUCCUGUGUGAGUGAGUGUGAGUGUGUGUGUGUGUGUGCAUGUGUGUAUGUGUUUAAAGAAUAAAGUCGCUCCUCUGGUUUGGUUUAUUCGUGCCUGACCAGCAUGCAGGUGUCUGUGGCCCUCCUGGUCUCCAGCUCGCUGCUGCUGCUGCUGCUGCAGGGAUGCUGCACGGCCGCGAAGGGAUGGAAGGUUCUGAAAAACGGUGCCACGGAGAUUUUACCGGACUAUCGAGAAAACACCCGGACACCUCAACAGGCGGUUCUCCAGACCCCAAACGGAAACAACACGAUGAAUAACAACAGGGCGAAAGGCGGAGGGAGAAAUUCCAACACUGUCUCUUACAGUGCCUCGGAGAUGAGCUGCAGGGAGCUGCGUUCCACCCGUUACAUCACUGAUGGAUCCUGCCGCAGUGCCAAACCUGUCAGAGAGCUGGUCUGCUCUGGUCAGUGCCUCCCCAGCCACCUCAUGCCCAACACCAUCGUCCGUGGGAAGUGGUGGCGGAGCAGCGCUUCUGACUACCGCUGCAUCCCGGCGCACUCACGGACGCGGAGGGUCCAGCUGCAGUGUUCGAAUGGCAAUGCUCGGACUUAUAAAAUCCGGGUGGUCACAUCCUGCAAGUGCAAGCGAUUCAGGCCUCACCACAACCUGUCGGAUGUCAAAGACGUGCCAAAGAGGCAACCCAUCAGGAAGCACGGGCGCUUGUCGCAUGAACGCAGCAAGAACACCACACCGCUGACAGGGAACUCGUACUGAUAUGUUCCUAAAGCGUCCAAGGACAGAGACCAAAGCACAUUCAUACACAUGCUACUCAUUAACAUAUCUCCUUCACACAGUGAAGGGAUGCAAGAGAAAAUCUGAGAUUUCAUAAGCUAAAUGCCAGACUGAGUCAUCAGUCGUGUUUUUUAUUUUUGCAUAUUUGUGAACUUUGCUUUUUGCAUGACGCAAUGAGCCAGCUUGGACUGGCCUCGCUAGUGACUGAACAGGAAGAUUAUGUCUAACAAAUAUCUCAAGACAAAUCAAAUAUAAACACGUCUUUUUUCCCCCAAAAAACACCCGUCUCCACAAACAUCCAGCAGAACUAAAGCUUUAAGCUUAAGGUGUUCUGUAUUUUUGCUCCUGAGUGGUCCUGAUCUGUCUCCUUUAGGCUGCUUGUGGGGGACGGUGACGGCUCUGAGGACUCCAACUGGUGAAACAAGUUUGUUCCUAUUAACGAUGGACAGCAGAUCCGUCCCUUGCAGUAGCGCUUCCAGACACAAAGGAGUCCGAUAAGCCAGAAGUGAGGGAAGAGGCAUUCCCGUGAGUCCCAAUAAUGAGCCCAUUUCUGUGUUAGGAUUUGAGUCAUACAAAACAAUUUCCUCCAGAUAUAGCCAUUUCCUGUUCUCUGGACUCACAAAGAAAGAAAGUGCAACACAGGGUGUGAGAGGUAUCGGGACGUGUGCAUUUUUUCUUGGCUAAGGGCAGAGCGCCGCACUCUAUCAACUGUUUUGCAAUGGGCCGAACAGAGCGGCGUCUCUGGUGUGUUUCAUUAUUCUGUAAAUAACCCAGACAGGAAAGAAAGGAAUAAAAAUAACAGUCGGAACACAAUUAUUCAGUUUUAUCAGCAUAAUUAUUGGUGAAAUCCGGUGAGGAAGAGGAAGCAGAGAUACGCAGGCUGUCACGGCAGAAGACACAAACUCCGCCUCCUGCAGUAAAAUCCUUUAAAAUGGACAGAUGGUUGUUCUUCUGGUCAUGAUGCUUCUUGAUUUCAAAUGUUGUACAUCCUCCAUGUCUGCUUUUGUUCCAAUAGUGUUUGGAAAAACAACUGGAAGGGGUUCGACAGGGGUUAGGGAUAGAGGAAAAGCUGUUUUCUACAAACACAAAGAAGGACUUUUGUCAAGAAUGAACUGCAUAUUUAUUUUUUAUUUCCACAUUUAAAUUAUUUAUGCAACCUUUUGUAGUAAGUGAUCUAGUAUUGUCAUCUAGUGUGAUAGAGAAUUAAAAGUGUACAGAACAUGAAUAAAAGACCUGAAAUAUUUGAACAAAUCA